CCUCAGGCGGUUGAGGAAUCGAGAGCCGACCUUUCACCGUUCGCAUUGGCAUGUCAUCCUUUUCAUCACGGAGUUUUGGGCUCCAAGAUUGUGAGUGUAUAGAUUUUGACCAAGCAUGUGUUGUGUCGUCUGCCGCUUGGUGCGGGUGGCUGCUCUUUUUCAGGCAUGCCUUGCCCGCACCUGCUUCAAGGCCCCCGCCAGUGCCAAUGGCUGGUAUGGAAUUCAAUGGCGUGAGCAUCCCUACGUUGGUACGGGGAGCUAUUUCGACUCCGUAUCCUUUACCGCCAUGACCUGCACCAUGGGAGUCUACGUGAACUGGAUCGAGUAUCCCAACAGUGGUUGGGAUUUGUCCAAAGAUGAACAUGGAGCAAGUCCCAGAUGCAGCGGCCAGGUUUCCCCAAACCAAAACAGCACCAUCACCUGCGGCAAAACAGGUCUUCACUACACCGUUCAUCCCGCCGUUUGGGGGGAGUGCAGCCGAGCAGAGAUUUGCGAUGUGCAAGGCGUGUCGCAUCUCCAAUUGAUAACAGGCACUCAAGUGGACUAUGAAUGGAGUCCCGGGGAGUGGACCACUUGCUCUGAAACAUGUGGCCCUGGCACCAAGACCCGCAGCGUCUUGUGCUCGCCAGAGGAUCCCGGAUACUGCCAUCAAAAUGAGAAGCCCUCGACGACAGAUGAUUGUAACCUCGCAAGCUGCCAGUGGGAAAUCCAAAGCUGGGGUGCGUGUUCGCAUCUCUGUGGGGGUGGCGAGCGGAACAGAAAUGUCACAUGUCCACGAGAUGAUUCUUUUUGCAUUGGCACCAAGCCAGAUACCACAGAGGCCUGCAAUGAACAGAACUGCUCCACUACAACGGAGGCUUUUGCUGGUGAAGCUGAUGAUCCGAGUUCAACGACUUCGACAUUUGCGACCGCAACUGGCACAACAUUGAGCAGCCGCGCGACCACCGCAAGUGAGGAGGCACCUGGUCAGCGCCAAGGGCUCAAUGAGGUCUUAGUGGCCGGUCUGGCGAUUGCUGGUCUUAUUGCCGCUGGUAUUGUGGUCUAUUGCUGCCACCGCUGCUGCCGCCCAGACGCCGCUUGUUGCUGCCAUUGCAAGAAGCAGGAGGACGAUGUGGUUAAGGCACCAGGACAGGAACCAGUGGUUGUCAAGGAGAAGCGUCGCGCCCGCAGUGGUGCUGGCGACACUGAUAGCUCGCGUCUAGACCGCCAAUUGACAGCGCUCGUGCCUGAUGAUGUGAUUGUAACUGUAGACAAGGACGACCGUGAGUCAACGCCCACGCCUGAUGAUCGGGUUGCAGACAGCAAGGACUUCGAAUUCUCUUCGGUCACUGAGAUCCAAGCAGGGGGCAUGCAAAAGCUAGGAGUAGUGGUCCAAGAGCACUUUGAUUAUGAAGAAUUAGCCAAGGACGCCUUGUUUUUGGUAUCUGGCACAACCACCCUCGAUGCUGGCACCCUCAAAAAGAUAAACGCCGAAAGGCUGAAGAAUGGAGAAAAAGAGCUACCAGAUGCGAUAAAUGUGCAGCAACAGAUGCACGAGAUCGAGGCGCGUGGCUUUCAGGUGCUUGGGUGUGGCGUUGGAGAUGAUGGCAGCCUGCUGCGUGAAGGUGUCCCUCUUCAGGAGGUGAGGACUGGUUGGGCGCGUAGACGUUGCACUAAGCCGCUCAUCUCCGAUCAAGACCUCCGGCUGAAAUGUGGCAUGGGCAAGAAUGAUGAUAAUGAGGACCGAUGGCUGGUCCAUUACAGACACUAUUCCGAGAAGACCAAAUGUGGCGUCCUAAUUUUAGCAGGUAGCGUGGAUUUCUUUCGUUUGUGGGCAGCGUCUGAUGCCUGUCGCAGGGAGGUUGCGGAGGUUCCGGAUGGGCGCCUUUUUGCGUACAUCGAUGGCAUCGUCAUCCGUGUCAACUCACCGAAACCUGAGAAGCUUUGGGCUUCUGCUAAAGCGGGUCCUGGCUACAUUGUGUGGUCCAACGGAGAGCUCUAUUCAGGACCGCUGAAAAACUCCCAGCCACACGGCAAAGGCACGCACUACUUUGAGAACGGCGACUUCUUUGAGGGAGACUUUAGAGAUGGACAAAUUCACGGCAAGAAUGGUACCCAUUUCUAUGAGAAUGGCAGCAAAUUGGAGGGCACAUGGGCAAGCGGUAAAGCGGUCCUUGCCACGUGCACAUAUCAUUUUGUAGACGGGACGAAGUUUACGGGCCAAUGGCCAAAGGAGCAGAUGAAUGCAAAAAGCGUUCAAGAGCAUGUAUUAUACCAACCGCCGUGCUGUACACUGACAUUCCCGAUGUUCUGGCGCCAAAUUUGCCCAGUCAACUCCGAUGCGCUUCCAUCAGUCAUGGACCAGUAACCCUUAAAGUCAGAGACUGCCAGUGCACACUUCAACACCUCCAAAGGAGGUGUUUUUCCAGGUUGACGGGAUGACUUCAUCAUAGUUCUUCUCGAUCACAGAUGUAAAACUAUUUGUGCACCGUUGCGAGCAUGCAUUCUUGUGCGUGCAGCGACAGCGCGCUUUAUAAGGUCAAGGUUCUCUUUGGAUGCAACCUGUCUCUAAAGAAGGCCUUGCUUAUAGCUUUUCCAGCCAGUUGCAAAGCAAAUUGGACUAUGUGAAGCUCAAUGCUCUUCAUCGUUGAAGACGCCAAUCAUAUGCGCGAUGUGCACGUGCUUAAUCAGAUUCUCUGCAUCUGUCAGGAGUUGUUUUUGAAUGGCCCCGACAGCUGCAGAGUACUGGAUGGCCUGCGUGCCCCAAGGAUAGGCAUUGCGAAGGCAGGAGAGUAGAAAAUGAUAGUGAGAGGAACCAUCCUCGGUUGCGUUGAAGCCGCUCUGUUUUGGAGCAUAUUUUUCUGCACAUAAGACACUUCUGAGACCUGAUUUCUGCACUGUCAACCAAAGUUUCUGUUGUGCAUGUUCCUUGGCUCGAGCUCCACACGGGAUAACGGGACUUUUUGCAGGUACUUCGAAGUCCUCGAAUCCCGAAUGGUGCAUUGCUUCCAACUCCUGCAUCCAAGUCGCGGAGGCACUGUCUUGGUCUGGGCUCAAUGCUUUGCGGAGGUCAUGGAUCUGAGAGGACAGGCACGCCCAGCGAAUUGAGAGCAGGUAAAGACCCCGCAUUAUGCAAGCGCCACAUAUUUUAACUUUUUCUUUGUCACAGGUUCUGAUGCCAGCUUGUUCAUUGCUGUUUUUGCUCCAUCAGACCUGGUUGAGGUCCCUUUUUUGCAAUGUUCAAAAGGAAAGGGUCGAGAACGCCGACUUUGUGCUGGCUGCGAUGAAUUUGAGAUGCAAUCUAGCGAAUGCCGCUGGUGCAUUCUUCAUGAUGGGACUGUGCUUAGUAGACGAGGAGACAUGUAUGCUGUGGA